AUAACAGCUAACAAGAAGUUGAUAGUAGAUUAUGAUUAUAAUUGGUGCCGGCUGGGCAGGGCAUGAUAAACAAGGAUAUAUAGACAUAGAAUAUGUCAUUAUCUGCAGAAACAAUAAUGGGGGGUAUGCAUGAUUUCAUUUUGGGGAUUUUCAUGGGAGGAUUUAUGUUUAUGGGCUUGUUGGGAGUGAAAGUGGCAAGAGCUGAUCAUGCACUUCCUGGCUGCCAACAGACCUGUGGCAAUCUCAGCAUUCCAUAUCCAUUCGGGACCCGAGAAGGGUGUUACUUGGAUGAAUUGUAUUUCAUCAAUUGCAACAACUCCAGGCCUUACCUCAGGCACGGUGUCUCGGGUGUGCUGGACAUAUCAUAUGAUGGCCAGUUGCGAAUCACUUCUCAGGUGGCCUAUGAUUGCUAUGACAGGGAAGGAAACCAGACUCUGCAUUAUCAGCACGAGCUGGCAUUGCUGAGAUUUUCAAUCUCUAGUAAGCGGAACAAGUUUACAGCUAUCGGGUGUGACACAAAUGCAAUGAUUCAGGGGUCGUUUGGACAGAAGUACAUGACUGGAUGCAUGUCUCUUUGUGAAAGCCUGAGGGAUGUGAAAAAUGGGUCGUGUAGUGGCAUAGGGUGCUGCCAGACAUCCAUUCCAGAAGGUGUCCGGGACUUUUUCAUACAAAUUGAUAGUUUUUACAGCCAUUAUGGGAUUUAUGACUUUAGCAGGUGCAGUUAUGCUUUUGUAGUCGAAGAAGAAGGCUAUAAUUUCUCCUCCACUGAUCUUUAUAAAUUGCGGAAAGAAAGCCAGUUUCCUCUGGUACUUGAUUGGGCUGUUGGAAAUUCGUCGUGUUUGGAGGCCAAAACCAAUGCCUCAUCAUAUUUAUGUCAGAAGAAUAGUGUUUGCUAUGACUCUGAGAAUGGUCCAGGCUAUCUUUGCAAAUGCUUGGAAGGUUACUCUGGGAAUCCAUAUCUUGAACAUGGGUGUGAAGAUGUAAACGAAUGUCUUGAUCCUUCCCUUAAUGUAUGUACUGAUAUAUGCAUCAAUGGCAUCGGGAACUAUACUUGUUCUUGCCCCAAGGGAUACAACGGAGAUGGAAGAAGAAAUGGAACGAGUUGCAUUCUGGACAAACGCGAUCAGUCAGUCACCCCGGUUCUGACUGCAGGAAUUGGAGCUGGAUUAGUAGGGAUGUUUGUGUUUCUUUUAAUUUCAUACUGGGGGGUCCGACAGAGGCAGAGUAUAAAGGUUAAAGAAAACUUUUUCAAGCAAAAUGGUGGGAUUAUGCUGCAGCAACUACUAUACAAAAGUGAAAGUAUUGUGGAAAGAGCCAAAAUAUAUACAGAGGAAGAGCUGAAGAAGGCUACAAAUAACUUCAAUGAGAGCAACAUCAUCGGUCAAGGAGGUUAUGGUACAGUUUAUAAGGGAGUGCUGGCUGAUACGCUUGUUGCUAUCAAGAAGUCCAAGGUAGUUGAUCGGAGUCAGAUCGAUCAGUUUGUGAAUGAAGUCAUCAUACUUUCGCAGAUAAAACAUCCGAAUGUGGUGAAGCUCUUAGGUUGCUGCUUGGAAACUCCGGUCCCUCUACUAGUAUACCAGUUUGUCACCAAUGACACACUCUUUCAUCAUAUACAUGAUGAGGGUUGUGCCUCGUCGAUCCCAUGGGAUAUGCGCCUCAGAAUAGCUACAGAGACAGCUGCAGCCCUCGCGCAUAUGCACUCAGCUCCCAUGCAUAUCAUACACAGGGAUGUCAAGUCAGCUAACAUACUUCUAGACGACGAAUACACUGCAAAAGUAUCUGAUUUCGGGGUUUCCAGGUUGUUUUCUCUUGAAGAAACUCAUUUGGCCACAUUGGUGCAAGGGACUUUCGGGUAUAUAGACCCUGAGUACUUUCACUCAGGGCUUUUAACACAAAAGAGCGAUGUUUACAGCUUCGGCGUAGUGCUCGUAGAGCUUUUAACAGGAGCACAUGUGGUCUCAUUCGACAGAGAAGAAAAGGACAGGAAUCUAGGCAUGUAUUUCUUGUCUGCAAUGGAAGAUGACCGACUGCAUAAGAUUCUUGAAGCGCGAGUGAGAAAAGAAGGGCAUGCAGAGCAGCUAAGAGGAGUGGCGGAGUUGGCUAGAAAGUGCCUGAGAAUCAAAGGAGACAAAAGGCCUACGAUGAAGGAAGUUAAGGAAGAGCUUGCCAAAUUGAGGGAGUUUGAGAUUGAAAACCACUCUUGGGUGGAGAUUGGGCCAAAUGCAGAAGACAGAGAGCCAUUACUUGAGGAUGUUAUGGGGUUUCAUCAAAGUAAUGCAGUGUCUGAUCUUGAUAGUAUGAAGAACCAGGAAAUGCAGAUAAAUAGUGGUGGAAGAUAAUUUAUUUGGAUUGCCUAAUGUCAAUUUGCAGUACAUAGAUGGAGAGAAUAUUGAUAUAAUUUUUUGUAAUAUUCCUCAUUAGUAACAGAUAUAAUUUUGUGAGAUCUA